CCCGCUUCCACAUCAUCGAGCAUGGUCUCAGCGCUUCUUCACUUAAUUGAUAACUCAUCCAUCAACUUUAACCAUCCCAUCUCUCGUCUUUCAUCCCGUGUAUCUCAUAAUCGGUAACGGCUUGACGAGGUAGAGUCAAGUAGACCAAGAUGUCGGUACCCAAUCUCAUAACAUGCGAGGUCGAUGGCAUCCAAUAUCUGCUUCACCCCCAAGUUCUGGGAAGUACAGAAGCACCGAUCAAAGCUGACCAGGUGAUCCCCGUGCUCCUCCUGACUGAAGAAGAGCUUAACGGCACACCAGAGCAAAUCGGCCAGCUUCUCCAGUACUACGUUGAUACAGACGAUGUAUGCUCGCCCAGUUUCACCGACAUCCUGGUUGAAAAGCCAUCAAGGAAGAGCAACAACAACAACAACAACAGCCUAUCCACAGAGAAAAAGAAUGUCGGUUCUUUUUCCACGUGGUGCAAAGCAACCGGUUACCGCCUGCAACAACAAACGGUUCAUACAUCCUGCACAACAGAAAACCCCGAAGUCGAAGAUGAUGACGACAACCUCCUCCCCUCAGGCCCCUACUUCCUCAGCGGCCCAAACCUCCACCAAGCCUACCGCUUAUACCCCGACACCCAAGACGCCUUCGUCUACGGCAUGAUCCCAAACGACGUCAACAACCCAUCUACCUCUAGUUUCAAAGCAGUCUCCUUUCUCGCCGCUUCAGAUAGCAUGUCCAAAACAAUCCCCGUUCCCAGCCGCCAUUACUACAUCAGAACACCAUCCAAAGGACGACCCCUCUUGGGAAAACGAAUCGCCCUAACCGACGGCCUCUCCCUCCUUGGCACACAAACGACUCUCUCCUGCAAAGCCUGGGUAGACACCUACCCGCCCGCCACGGAGAAGACUGGUUCCUACGUGCAAAAGCUUUUGCAAGAGGGCGCGGUGCUGGUGGGAAAGACCAAGACUAGCCAGCUGAGGAUUGGGAACAGUCUUUGGCCGGAGACGCAUUUCCCUGCUAACCCAAGGGCGGCGAGGAGGGGGGAUAUCUUUGAUUGUGGCAGGGGGACGGGGGUCGGGGGGGUGAGUGCGGUGGCGGGGUAUGAGUGGGUUGAGGGGGCGGUUGGGGGGGAUGUGGAUAGUGAUGUACGGGAAUCGGGGAAGAGAUACGGGCUCUAUGGUCUUCGACGUCCAUUUAACGGAGAACCUGAGAAGUCAAACCCGGGACCGAAUGAUAACGUGGGUAUCUUUGGUCGGAGCUUACAUGAUUUGUCUCUCGUGGCCGGGUGUACGUUUCCCCCUGUUGUUGGUUCAGGAAAGGAGUCAAGCGGCAACGCUGUGAAAAGGAUUGUCUAUCUUGACUACGUCAAGGAUCAAAAGUUGGAAUAUGCAAUGGAUGUGUUCGUUAGUGCACUCGAACGCCAUUUGAAGGUGGAAAGAACGACCGUCAACCUCGAUGAAGAGUGGGAGAAGUACCGGGUGAAGAGUGGCUUGGAGUUUUCUCUUAGUAAGACCGCACGACUUUUGUACGACCUAAACCACUACCACGAAUACGCCAACUUCCGAGAAGACUACCAAGAAAAGUUCCACUCCAGCCGUGGAAUUGCCAAUCUCGAGGCACAGGUUCUAUGGUCCUCAGCCCGUGCCUGCUUAAAGCAGCACAAACAACUGCAAGAACAAGUCAAGACCUUCCGGGACUGGUUUGGGCAGCACAUCCUCAAGUCAGAAGACACCUCCACAGGCACCGGCGAUACCAUCAUCGUCAUCCCGGAUGUCAGUUUUCACAAGGGUCAUAUUAUAGGGUUCUUUGGACGGAUGCUUGCGUUCGAGGACAUGUUAUCUCCCCACACGGCGACACCACAGCUUUCGGUACCAUUGACCGACAAAAACCUCAUCACCCUCGUCACCCAAGCCCUCACAGCCUCAGGUCUCCCCACCUCAGUCCAACCCGGUCCAUUAUGCUUCCCACUUCCUGCCGAUGACAACGACAAGGAAACAGCCGAGAAGAAGAAGCUUCAUAAGAUGUGGAUGUCUUCAGAAGAAGAUGAGAAGGCAGCAGAGGUGAAGCAAGGGUCGAGAUUGAAGGACUUUGAGGAUGACUUGGACGGGGAGACUUUGGCGAAGAGUUCGUUGAAUAUUGAAGUUGAUUUGAGGGGACCUAAAGAAUGAACCGGGGCGGAGUUCAGGGCUGCUUUGUCCUAUUUUCUCGAGGGCGAAGAAGGAGUGGAGAUUUGAGAAGGGGAAGAAUGAGUGAAAGAAAACCAGGCAUGGUUGUUAUUCAGAUCGCUUGUGUGGUUCAUCUACUUGAAGGUUUUGACUUGUAGUUGGGCUAAGUACACGAAAAUGAUUGUACUUGUGAUAUUUCGGCCAAGAUAAUUCCUUGUAGUUUGAACGAGAAGUGGUAUCCAAGACGGGUUGCUACGUGAAUGGGGCGUGGGGACCAAGUCACUUGAGAUGGUAUCUUGUGUUUUUUAGGCUCUUCAUUACUUAGACAUCAAAUGUGCCAUGAAGUACCGUCUUAUGUCAUUGGAAUGCGCCAGUGGUUGUCAUGCAACCAAUACA